UUUAAUAUAUCAGAAUUCACAAAAUUUAAGAGACCUACAAUUUAGCAAUAACUCUUUUUCAAUUUGUAUGCAACAAUGGCUACAGAAAUUGAAAAGCGAUUACUCAAAGAUUUCCUGAAUACUUUAGAAACAAACAAUCUAUAUAAUAUAGCGAGGUCCGUGUAUCGAGGUGGAGGAAUUAAUAUACAAUCACGAGAAGAGGCAGAACUAUUGUUAAUAACUCAACCUUAUUGGCGUAUAUUAACUAGUAAAAAAACUCCACUGACUAGUAUAAUCAAGUUUUUUAUAGUAAAGGGAAUGACACCAUCUCCAGAUAUGAUAAAAAAUGAUACACCUGCCUUUUUUAAGCAGUUAAUAGAAACCCAACCAGAUUUUACUCAACCUGUUGUGCAACCAUUAAGACCGCCACAAUUUUAUCCUCAACAAUUACCACCACUUUGUAAUACCAAUAAUAAUAUGAUGUCAUUAAAUCCUCAUCAUAUAGUUGUGCAUCAUAUGCCUAUAGAACCAAGUUCUACAAAAACUAAAAAAGAACAUGAUAAUGAACUCUUGGAAGAGUUUAUUAAAAUGUUUGCUAAACAUUAUUAUGAUCUUUUUAAUGAUCUGGGUAUUCCUGAUAAAAAUCAAUUAGAUAACCGCCAUUUUUAUGAAAAUUGUACUAUGGCAGUAAGAAUACUUGGUGGUAGUGAAGAAAUCAAUGAAACUUGUGAAGAUUCACCAUCAGUUUUAAAAUGCUUACUUAAUAUUAAACAACAACAUCAACUAAUUUUCUCACCUCAUCUGAGUGAUGAUAUUAAAUGGAAAAAAGAAUCCCAUGGCCUAUUAAAAGUUCAAAUUGGUGGUACACUACAUCAAGGUGUUGGAAGAAUGGUUGGAAUGUUUGAACAACAAUUUAUUCUUAGGGAAGAUCCUCAAGCAGAGAAUACAUGGAAAGUACUAAAUACUAAUUUAAUGAUGAAAAGUAUGGAUACAAUGUUGGCUGCUUCUUCUAAACUACGUUUAGAAGGUCCUUCUAAUUUACAAAUUGAAUAUUGAUUGAAUAAAAAAAUUAAAAGAAUUA